AGAGAGAGAGAGAGAGAGAGAGAGAGAGAGAGAGAGAGAGAGAGAGAGAUCCUCCUUGGCACACAGACACUUUGACUGACUGCUGGUCUGACUGGGGGAUCUGGAGGACAAGUACAGGCUGCUCCUCUUCUCCUCUCUCCCUCCUCCUCACAUCUUUUCUCUGUCCUGUCUGCCAUCUCGGAGACGGCUGAUGGUUUUCUAAGUCCCGCCGUGCCGCUUGUUUCCACCUCAGCAUCGGGAUUUAUUAUUAUACAUUMAUUUCUUAUUGCCUCCCCCCCAUCCCUCCUUUCGCUGGCUGAAAAGCCGAACCGGGGCUGACUCCCCCAGUCGACCUGGGCCGGGCCGUUGUGUUUUCCAGCUGAAGAAUGAGCGCCUGGAGAGCUCGGAGCGCGGCUCUCUCCUCGCCGGGCCAGUGCUUCUGGUGGUGGGUCGUGGCGUUCGGGGUGACGGUGGGCUCGGGGGAUCCGUGGAUGUCCGCGGAGGCUUGUCCCUCGUCCUGCUCGUGCAGCAGCAGCCGGAUCUCGUGCGUGGACCCGGAGCGGGGCAUCAGCGCGUUCCCGGUCUGGCAGAGCGAGGCGGAGAUGGAGAACAUCACCGACAUCUACAUCGCCAACCAGAGCAGCUUCUCCUCCAUUAAUGACAAAGACCUGCACUACUACAAGAACCUCAGGAACCUAACGGUGACCAACAGCAGGCUAACGUACGUGUCGAAGCUGGCCUUUCAGAACAACUUGAAGUUGCAAUAUCUGAAUUUGAAAGAUAACAAUCUGUCAUCUCUGUCCUGGAGGAUAUUCAAACACCUCAACAUCUCAUAUCUGAUCCUGUCAGGGAACCCUCUGCACUGCUCCUGUGAGAACAUGUGGAUCAAGCUGUUGUUAGGAGAGGAAGCAGACACUCAGGAGCUGCGCUGCAUUGAGGAUGGAGGAGCACGCAAGCUGCUGUCCAAACUGAAACUGCCUAACUGUGAGGUUCCCAUGGCAACGUUGACCCCAUCCAAAGUGACCGUGAAGGAAGGGGAUAACGUGGAGCUGUCCUGUACCACCUCUGGCGUGCCCUCGCCCGAGCUGAUCUGGAACAUGGCACUGGUCUCUAACUAUGAGAUCGUGACUUCAGGCCAGAUUUCGGUGAUGCGGCUGUCCAACCUGUCGUCACUGGAUCACAACAGUAAAAUCAUCUGCUCAGCUGAAAACAUCGUUGGAGGGAGGGAGUCGUCUCUGCUGCUGGAUAUACUGUUUCCACCUAAAAUCACAAAACUGAGUGGUGCAAUCUCAGACCAUCACUGGUGUAUCCCCUUCAGUGUGGCAGCAAACCCCCAACCAAAUUUUCAGUGGUAUCGGGACGAUAAAAAGGUGGAGGAGGGCAACUACAUCAUGACAAUGAUCCAUGAUAUCACAGAGAGAGAGUAUCAUGGCUGCUUGCAACUGGACAAUCCCACCCACAUCUAUAAUGGGAUAUACAGGCUGGAGGUUCAGAACGAAUACGGCUUCGACCAGAAGCAGGUUGAAGCUCACUUCAUGAAGCAGCCCUGGGAUGAAGGUCCGGACAGUACAGAACCUUACUACUAUGGAGAACCAACCUCAGAGACCCCCCCUGCAGAACCUGAGGACAGAGUCGCAGUGUACGUGGUGGUGGGCAUCGCCGCUGUCGCCUUCACUGGUUUCCUCCUCAUGUUGGUUAUUCUCAGGUUUGGAGGAAACUCCAAGUUUGGCAUCAAAGGACCAUCUUCAGUAAUCAGCAAUGAUGAUGACUCGGCUUCUCCUCUUCACCAUGUCUCUAAUGGCAGCAACACGCCCUCCUCCUCAGAAAUGGGUCCUGACGCCGUCAUCAUUGGCAUGACGAAGAUCCCUGUGAUAGAAAACCCUCAAUACUUCAGGAGCACCAACAGUCUGCUSAAGACUGACACAUUUGUUCAGCACAUUAAGAGACACAACAUCGUGUUGAAGAGGGAGCUGGGAGAGGGAGCCUUUGGAAAAGUUUUCCUGGCUGAAUGUUACAACCUUUCACCAGACCAGGAGAAGAUACUGGUGGCCGUCAAGACMCUGAAAGAGGCCAGUGAAAAUGCCAGGAAGGAUUUCCACCGUGAAGCGGAGCUGCUGACCAACCUGCAGCACGAGCACAUCGUCACGUUCUACGGCGUCUGCGUGGAGAGCGACCCCCUCAUCAUGGUGUUUGAGUACAUGAAACACGGGGACCUGAACAAGUUCCUCAGGGCUCAUGGUCCAGAUGCAGUUCUGAUGGCAGAAGGCCAGACUACAAGACCUGUGGAGCUGACCCAGUCUCAGAUGCUGCACAUUGCCCAGCAGAUAGCAUCUGGUAUGGUCUACCUGGCUUCACAGCAUUUUGUGCACCGCGACUUAGCCACCAGGAACUGCCUGGUUGGUGAAAACCUGCUGGUAAAGAUCGGAGACUUUGGCAUGUCCAGAGACGUCUACAGCACUGACUACUACAGGGUAGGUGUUGGAGGUCACACCAUGCUGCCCAUCCGCUGGAUGCCCCCUGAAAGCAUCAUGUACAGGAAGUUCACAACAGAAAGUGAUGUUUGGAGUCUAGGAGUUGUCCUCUGGGAGAUCUUCACCUAUGGAAAACAACCGUGGUACCAGCUCUCCAACAAUGAGGUGAUCGAGUGUAUAACUCAAGGUCGGGUGCUGCAGCGUCCCCGGACCUGUCCCAAAGAGGUGUACGACCUGAUGCUGGGCUGCUGGCAGAGGGAGCCACACAUGAGACUCAACAUUAAAGAAAUCCACAGUCUGCUACUUAAUCUGGCCAAGGCCUCGCCCGUAUACCUGGAUAUUCUGGGCUGAACACGGCGGCGGGAUGAAAAGGAGUUUUGAACGUGUGUGUGACGUGUGUGGUCUGUAUGUGGAUUUAAAGUUGCAUGUGUGUGCGUGAAGAAGCCCAGCAGGGCAUUGUAACCCUUCAAACUGAAGUGUUUGAUGCACAUGCAGGUGUGUGUGUGUGAGUGUGUGUAUGUGUGUGUGUACAGGAUGUGAAGCUCUCUUCAAGGCAAUCAGACAAUUCUUCAACUCAUCCCCAAUUGCUUCUCUCCUCCCRGCCAAUUUCCUCUCCUUUCUGCAAUCCAACUUUCCUCCCUGAAGAGACUUUUAUGUAAAGUGACGCUUUAAACUUACUGGGGCUAUAUUGUACAAAAAAAAAAAAAAAAAAAAGAAACAAAGAAAGAAACUAAACAAAAAAUAAAAACUGAUCAAAAGAAAUUAAAUGAAGAGACUUAUCCCUUGCUGCCUGUCAGACACCAGGACAUGUUGGAGCAUCUGGGAAGCUCAAGCAGGCGCAGCAAGAGGGAGGAUUUCCAGACGCUCCCAUCGCUUUGCUUUGUAAAUAAGAGACUACAUUUUCAGAAGGAAAACGAUCCGCAACGAGACACUGUGUUUCUUCUCUCACUCUGUCUGUCUGUCCGCCCGUCUGUCUUUCAGUCUCUUUAGAACGCUACGUCCAUGUUUUCCUCAGCGUUCAACCAGCAAGGCGACCCGCGAGUGCGACGACCGACACAUUAGUAUGCGUACGGUAAAUUGAGUGCAACGCAGCGAUGGCCAGGGGAGAGAAAAAAAAGGGCGGAAGUGUAAACACAAUCUGCUUUCCUGCCUGUCAGACGAAAUUAGGAGGUGUGAUGAAAAGAUAAUUUCGGGUUGGCCAAUUUUUGCUGAUGCAGAAAAACAAUCAGCGACAACACAGCUGCAGCCAAGGCUUUUAAGGACCGCCGUGACAAAAGGAUUAAAAAAAACGGGGGGAAGGCAGUCUGUGAUUUAAGGCUCAUCCACGUCUGCAUGCUGCAUUUUACCACUGUUAUCUGUUUGCAUUUUACUUUCCUCAGGCCUGGACUGCACAGGGUAACAUGAAGACUAACCCCACCCCCCUCCCCUCUAUAACUCCUAAGUGGCAGAUGCCCCACUUGUGAUGUCAAGCGCUCGUGUCGGAGGUCAAUUGAUUCACUUGUCCACAGCUGUCCAACAAUCGCGAGAUCAUAGUGAAAGUCCGGGGGGUGGGUCUAAGUGGGAUUUGGAGUGGGGGGGCAUAACGGCUGCUGAGGGACUUUAGGUUUUGAGUGGUCGGAUCUUGGUCAGAUGUGCGGGUGGCGGCGCUGUUGAAGGUGUGGUUCGUUUGGUCAACCCCUAUUAAAUCAUCAAGGCUCUCAGCACUCAGACGUUCUCGAAAACCACAUCUGCAUUAGAGGGGGGCCGAAAAAAAAAAACUCACACGCGCACCCUCCCACUCACCGAAAGACACUCAAAACGGGGCAGAGAAGGAAAUUGAAUUGUACAUGUUUUAUUAUUUGAGCGGUGCAGUGCUUUAGCUGAGGCCCCCCUGUCCUCUGUAAUGGUGUAAUGUAUAUUUCAUUACAGCCUAAUGGGCUCCAUUAGCACAGUCUCCUCACAGACAUUCAAGACUUAUUGUUUUAUGGCCGAGAAGGAGAAGAUGGAGGGAUGGGAAGGGUAGGCGAGGUGAAGGAGGAGAAAACAAAGUGAGGAGCAGUGAUGGGGAGGAAUACGAGCAGAGGUAAUAAUARCGCGCGUAUUGGGACGGAAUGGAGGGGAAGCGCGCCAGAAUGGAAGCAGGGAGGUAUACAGAGAGGGAAUAAAGGGACGGAGGAGAAAGUUGAUGGAGGAGAUGGAAGUAGGGGGGCAGGCGAGAGGUGAGGAACGUCCUCGGGGAGAAAAGACGAGUGAACAUCCAUCAUUAAUGUGGCCAGCAGAUGUUUUGCUAGCCACAACUUCAACUUUUACGCUCCCUUCACAUUCCUACAGCCACACACACAAACACACACACAAACACACACACAUUUUACUGGCAAUCCGUGCACACUGAAGACGACUUUAACACACAUCCCUGUUAUUGAAAACCACUUCACUCACUCACAGCUCUCGCUUACUGUAUAUACAGCUCAUAUGCAUGCAGGAAAACACAUUUAAUGUUUGUUUUUGGCAUUUUACUGGCGCAUAUUUUACUCUAACAAAACUUUAAUCUCUGCUCACACACUAACAGCCAUUUGAGUUAGAUGUAGAGCAACAACUUGGAGGAGUAGGUCUGUAUUGUUACUUAACAGCACUUGAUGAUAUUGAUGUUUGUGGAUUAGAUUUCCAGUUUUAUUUAUAAAUGACGAAGCAUUUUGUACAUUUCUUUCUAUAUUUAAGGUUGCCUUUUUUUAUUUGCAACAGCGACGGAAGUUUGUGAGAUAAUUCUGGGUUGCGGAUGUGUUUUUAUGUCACGCUCCCUGUUACAGUAACGACCACCGAGCCUGUCCUUGUGGACGCCGUCCUCUACAGCAGGGACGGAUCCGUCGCCUGUUCGUCCCAUUCUGGAAGUCAGUUUUGACAUGUUGCUAAAAAAAAGAAAUGAUGUCCCCCCUGUGUGAGUGUAAACAGGAGAGGCCAUGGCUGCGGUGUUAACAAGGUCCUCAAAAUCCGUCCCUGCUGUACGGCGAGCUUGCACUGGAACGCUUUUCACAAAAGUUACAUGUCUGUGCAAUAACAGAGGGCAGGGUGUGUGUGUGUGUGUGUGUGAGCUGGACAAAAACUGUGAGAAAUAAUUUUAGUGUGUAUGAACUCCUCUGAUGUCAAAAGAGUACCUUGAAGCAGCUUCCCAGCACUGUCUGUGUACGUACCUGCUGUGUUUUCCUCCUUUUUUUAUUUAUUUAUUUUUUAAAUUAUGAACUGUGACAAGUUGAACAGAUUUGGUGUUUUUAACAGUUUGGUUAAAAAGUCUGAGAGAGGGAUACUUGUUAUGAAGAAGACUGAUCAGCUGUCUUCACAUCAACACCUCUGAAUAAAAAAUCCCAGUAAAAUGAGGAAAUAAAAAACCUACAUCUGCUGUGCGACUGGAAACCUCAGACAGGAAGGACUGACAAUCACAGACUCCUCUCUUUCUCUCUUUUAUUCAAGUGACCUACUGUAUGAUAGAUUAUUCAACCAACUUUCUUCUUCUAUGCUGCCUAUACUGUACGUGAUCGUCUCAGACUCUGGUCCUUAGAAGUGCUACUUUUCUCCUUUCUUCUUCYUUUUUUUWAAUUUUGUUACUUUUGUUUUGUAAACUUAAAUAACAGCGAGAGGAAUGACAAUUUCAUGUAAAAAAAAAUGUGAAUAAGCUGCUGGAAGAUUUAAAACAUUGUAAGAUGCUCUGUUCCAGACUGUGUCAGCAUCCAGACUGAACUAUUCUCUUCGUUCAUCUCAGAAGCCGGGAGCAGAUAGAUUGGAAGCAAUGCGGGACUCACUGAACUCAACAAAAUGACAUAAAGCAGCCCCCGGGAUGCUGAGCGAUAUUUGCUCAUUCUUUAGUGGUUGUGUGUGUGUGAGUGUAUGUGUGUGUGUGUGAGAGAGAGAGGGAGAACAGCUGACUGAACCUGGAGCGAUUCAAGCAAAGGUCUGUCAGCUGUUUUCUGCUAAAUCCAAGCUCAAAUAUAAUAAGAUUCAUCCCACAAAUCAGCAAUAGUUUUACUGUUGCUGUUUGUAAACGCGUGGUAAAUAAGUCUCGUAGGACUGUGAUCGGAUUUAUGGCAGCUAAGAUUUACGGAAUCAAUCAAUUGCUUUGUUUAUGACACCAGAGUCUUCUUCUCUACACAACUUGGUAAAAAUAUUAAUAAUAAUAAUAAUAAAGGGGCUGGGCUUCACGCAGGUAUAUCAGCAAUACUGAUACAAAUUUUCCCUCGUUCUGUUUUUGUGUAUUUUUGGGGCUAAACCAUGCGACUCAGUCAAGYAAAGCAUAUUCUACAUACACUAGACACACAUCACAACUUUAGCUGUGUUAUGAUCCAUAUCAUAUUUAAUCCUCCGUCUCUCAGAAUCCCCCCGACAUCAGACUCCGAUCCAAUCGAGCUGAAAUCUCGCAAAGGUCAUCUCUGAGAUUACUUUUGUGCUUGGAUGCUUCUGGAGUUGGAAUGCCUUGAAGAAUGUAAUAACAUGAAAACUACUCCUCUGCAAAGAAAAAGAAAAGACAAAAACGAAGAGAAAAAAAAGAAAGAAACUGUGAUUUGCUAUAAACAGAAUCUCAACUAUUUAGAGUGGGGAUUUUCUUUUCUUUUCAUUAUUAUUUUCUGGUGAUUUUGCAUUUAGAAAAGUAUAGUAAAGUGUGUUUGCCAGGAUGAAAUUAUUUUUUUAGUCUGUAUGCAAGAAAAGCUAAAAUUAUGAAUUAUUUGCCAAGAAAAUGUGCUUUUGCUAAGUAGCACCUCUUUUGCAAAAUACUGAACCAGGAAAUAUAGAUUUUAAAUUAGUAAAGUAUGUCCUUGCAGGAAGGGUUG